CGCGAGAGAUGAAAACGACGUCGUCUCUUCUGGUGCAACAAGGCAAGCCUGUAUUGAAUUCAACCGCACAGGUGUUCGUUCAAGCUUGCUCUUCCGCACCCACCCCUCAUCCACUCUCCGCAAUGAUUUCCAUUUGAUUUCUCCAUUUCCGAGUCUUUUCCAUUUUUCUUGUGGAAAAAAAAAUAAAAAAAAUAAAAAGAAAAAAGGGGGGGAAAAUGGGAUUUGGGAAUUGAGUUGAAAAGCGGUUUGUGUGGCAUGGAAAGUGGGAUUAUGAAUUGGAAUCCCAAUUUCGUCGAAUGCCGAUUCCGGUUGCGGUCGGCGUUCGAUCCCUUCUCCAUAGCUUCCGAGGCAUUUUCCGAGCACAACUGUUUUGAUGCGAUUCUUACUCGAAUUCCAAUGCCAUUGGAAAUCAAUCAUUAACCUCAUUGAUUGAUUCCUCUGCAAAAAUACUAACACUAACAAUACUAAUAAUACCCUCUUUUUCCCUAUCUUCCUGGUAGCUGUUUGAUUCCGGAAUAUAAUGAAUUUUAGGCAUGGUUUGGUAAUGCAAGGGGCUGAGGACGAGAACGAGGCCGACUAUGUCGAGAAAGAUCCCACUGGUCGAUAUGUUCGGUUCAAAGAAAUAUUGGGCAAGGGCGCAUUCAAGACUGUCUAUAAGGCAUUUGACGAAGUUGAUGGAAUAGAAAUCGCUUGGAACCAAGUAAAGAUUGACGAUGUCUUGCGGUCACCAGAAGAUUUGGAAAAAUUAUAUUCUGAAGUUCAUCUCCUGAAAUCAUUAAAACAUGAAAAUAUUAUCAAAUUCUAUAAUUCCUGGGUGGAUGAUAAGAAGAAGACUGUUAACAUGAUUACUGAGCUCUUCACGUCUGGGAGUCUGAGGCAAUAUCGAAAGAAGCACAAAAAUGUUGAUAUGAAAGCUAUAAAGAAUUGGGCAAGGCAGGUUCUUCGAGGUUUGGUGUAUCUUCACAGUCACAACCCACCAAUCAUUCAUAGAGACUUAAAAUGUGACAAUAUAUUUGUCAAUGGAAAUCAUGGGGAAGUUAAAAUUGGAGACCUCGGACUGGCAAUUGUUAUGCAGCAGCCUACUGCUCGAAGUGUUAUUGGGACUCCCGAGUUCAUGGCUCCAGAGCUUUAUGAAGAAGAAUAUAACGAACUUGUCGACAUAUAUUCUUUUGGGAUGUGCAUGUUGGAGAUGGUUACUUUUGAGUAUCCAUAUAAUGAAUGCAAAAAUCCAGCUCAAAUCUAUAAGAAGGUUACCUCUGGCAUCAAACCUGCUUCUCUUUGUAAGGUGACGGAUCUCCAAAUUAAGGAGUUCAUUGUGAAAUGUCUGGCUCCAGCAUCUGAAAGAUUACCUGCAAAGGAGCUUCUCAAAGAUCCAUUCUUUCAAUCUGAGAAUCCAAAGGAGCCGAUCCGUGUCCCUUUGCAGUUACCUUCCCAAAGUCCCAAAUCAAUAAUUCUAUCCAAAUCUGGGCCUUUCUCCAUGGACAUAGAUCCUGACCAUCCACAACUUUCUUCAAGCACAAGUACAGAAAACAAUGGAAGUCCAGAUUUUCCAGUCUUGGAAUUUCAGAGGAUGUACAAAAGCAGUGAAUUUAGAUUGAGGGCAAAGAAAAUUAAUGAUAACUCAAUAUCAUUAACUUUGCGUACUGUUGACUCGUUUGGUCCAGUGAAGAAUAUUCAUUUUCCCUUUUCACUUGAUACUGACACUGUACACUCUGUAGUGGGUGAGAUGGUUGAACAACUGGAGUUAGCAGAACAUGAGGUGGCCUUCAUAGCUGAUUUUAUUGAUUACGUGAUAAUGAGACUUCUGCCCGGUUGGAAGCCUCCACGUGAUGAUCCCUUAGGUGGAGCAAGGAGUCCAAAUGCAGAGCCUCCAGUACUUGGAAAUGGUAACAACCAUGAUUGUACUAUUUCCCAUGGUGAUUGUAAUUCUUCUCCAAAUUUGGCUAAUGCAGAAGAUCAGGAUUCAUUGGCAUCUGCUGGUUUGGUGACCCUGACUGUAGAUGCUUCCAAAAAAAAUGAUAAAACGGUGGGAUUUGGAGAUUACAAUAUUGGUGGCAACUAUAAAGGUUCAAAUGGUGGGCAUGCCUCUGAACAGGAGUCUAGGGAUCCAUACCAUGAAGACUACAAAUUGCAAAGAAAUGAUAGAAGUAUUGAGGAGUUUACCCCAAUGAACAAAUUCCAGAAGAGCACAGUAUUGUCUUUCGAUGAUUUAAGUGGACUUUCUAAUGUUAGGAGCUUGACUUGUAGUUGCUCAUCUCUGUCUGUAGCCGACAUAGAUCAGGAUCCUGGGCUAAAGCAGGAGCUUGAUGCUAUUGACUUGCAGUAUCAGCAUUGGUUUCAAGAGCUUUCUAGGAUGAGAGUAGAGGCAUUAGAGGCCACUAAGAAGAGAUGGAUGACAAAGAAGAAGCUGGCUGUUCAAUGAAGGGGAUGGAGUAAUACAAAUUUUUUUCUGCCUUGCAAUUAAGUUGUCUCACUGCAUACAAUGUUCAUUGGAGUUUUUAUUCAUACGCACAUGCUUGGAGAGCCAAUUUUCUGUUAGUCUCGCUUGAGUGUAUAUAUGAUUUCCGGGAUUCAACUAAAUCUAUUGGAUGACUAUCUAUGUUUGUACUCU